AUGUCGGUGCCGAGUCCCAACGCCCGUCUCUUUGACCAAAAACGUAGGGCUUUCAUCGACCGUUGCAACGACGUCGCCCUCUUCAUCAUGGGCAACGCAGACUUGACCAUCUCUCAGCUCGCCAGCUUCAUUGUGGAGCUCCGGGUCCAUGUCACCGUCCUCUGGCUCGCCGGCAAUGUGUUCCUCCGCGACUGCUACCCCGAUGACCUGACACACUUCCCAACCUGGUUCAUGGCAAACGUGAUGUCUCGCCUAGGACGACUCCCCAUGACCGAGUUGGCCUGGGGAUGCUUCUACACCACCCGCGUCCUGGGCUGGCUGCCUUAG